GACGCUUUACAAACAGAAACAGAUUUUGCCGUUCACGACUCUUCACCAAUUGUCGCAGAAGCCAGUUUUAACCUAACUACAUCAAUAUUAUUGAGCAAGUGAACCGCAGUAUCUGCUGGCACAACUACAAACAAGAGGUUGACAACAACAGUUUGGUUAGCUGUGCCGAAAUGCCUUUGCUAGUGACAGACUACUCAUGGACACAAACAGACACGACGGUUUACAUACAUGUGCCUUUGAAAGGAGCGAGAGUUGGCAAAGUGGACAUUCUCUCUACAGAUGAAUACCUCAAGGUGCAUUACCCACCGUUUUUGUUUGAAGCCUUCCUGCUUGAACCUGUCAACGAUGACAGAAGCACAGCAAAGGUUGGAAACGGAGUUGCAGUCAUCAGUUUGCCGAAGAGAACCAACAAAUUUUGGAAGCAUCUGAUGAUAAAUACAAAUGAUAAAGAAAAAAAGAAGGAGGUCAGAGAAAGAGCUCUGUUGAAAUACCAGGAAAAGCUUUCUUCAGAGUCCAGGUCCAAAGCAGAGAAACAGCACACAGAGAAAAAGUAUGCACUGGAGACAAUGAUGAAGCUUGAAAAGGAGGAAAGGGACAGCAUCCAGAAAAUGAGGGACACUGAGCAAGAGAAAACCACAGCAGAGUUGGGAGUAUGGCAACUGAGACGGAAACAAAAAGCAGAGGAAGAAGCCCCAGUAAAACUGCAUAGUCAGAAAGACAAUCAAAACGAACUGAAAGCUAUGAUGGAGAAGCAAGAAAAUGGAUCUUCAGAUAGAAGAAAUGUCAAACUGGAUCAAAGUGGCAGUGAAGCAAAGUGCAAGAAAAAACAAGCGCACCUGCCUGCUCCAAGACUUGUUGGAAACAUUCAAGUCACAUUUACCCCACGAGUUUUCCAAACAGCCCUCAGGGAAUCAAGAGUGCAAGAGGAGGAAGAGUGGCUCAAAAAACAAGCUGAAGCCAGGCGUGCAUUAAAUGCAGAUGUUGAAGAGCUGAAAAACCUAAAGGAGGCAGACAGGAACCCUGACAGGUUAAAGGACAAAGGAGACAAAUGUUUUGCAACUGGGGACUACCUGAGUGCAGUGAAUGCCUACAACUUGGCUAUCAAGCUCAACAGAAAGAUCCCAGCUCUGUAUUCAAACAGGGCUGCAUGUCAUCUGAAGUUAAGAAAUUUUCACAAGGCCAUUGAAGAUUCCUCUCAGGCACUUGAUCUGUUGACUCCACCAGUUGGUGCCAAUGCAGCUGCCAGAGCCAGAGCCAAUGUCCGAAGAGGAUCUGCUUUCUGCCAGCUUCAGCUCUAUUCAGAAGGGCUUCAAGACUUCCAAGCUGCUCUAAAGAUUGACCCUCACAGUGAAGCACUGCAGGCAGACACCCAGAGAAUACAAGACAUUAUUCUAGGCACUGUAGCUAACCCUGAAACAAAGUGAGACACAGAAAAUAUACUGUACAUAUUAUGUAUGGCUGCUUAUUGUUUGUGUUUUUUGUCUGUUAAUCAGUGAUUUAACAAAUGAUAAAAGUCAAAUGAUAUGUGUAAUCCCUGCUGUAGCCAGUGAGAGACAGGCUCCAAGCCUGCUGAUUUACUGCAAGAUGGAAAAGGUAUGCUUGCAACAGACUUGAACAAAC